AUGCGCAAUGUUUUUUGUAACUCUGUUUAUAAUACUACUCCUGCAGCAAAGGCUGGUUUACAUGGUCUCGAUGCUAGUACUCUACUACCCUUUAGUCAAUCGGUUAUUAUUCAUGUUACUGAUACUGAUGGUAAACUAGAUCCACGCGGCUUACUUGCUUAUGCUCUUACUCCUUCUACUGAAUCCAAUGGUUACUUAUUGUAUGUACCUGCAUAUAAUAAGGUCCUUGAUAGUUCCAAUUAUGAAAUUGUUCGCGAAUCAACCAAACCUACGAUUGAUUCCACACCUAAUGUUUUUGAUGAACUUUUAAGCUUCUACGAUUCUACUAGUCCAACUAUAGGCGGUACUCCUUCUGCAGAUGACAAUAUCUCCGCAGAUGAUCUUGGUCUUACCACAUUAGAUACUAAUGAUAUUCCAGAAACGUCGCCUACCAUUAUAGAUGGUCCUAACACCUACGUUAAAUCUAUCGAAGAAGUUAUCGACACCAAAGGCUUUCCCACCAAAACAAUAACCUCUACUUCUCAAGCUAGUCAACCAGAUGCAGUCUCUACUGCAACUUCCACUGCGAUCAACACUUCUAUCCUUCAAUUAGAUCCAAGCGUACUUGAUACUCAUCUUUCAGAUGAUCCUCUAUAUGUCGACAAUGAUACUUCUGAUGAAGACUUCCCUGAUGACAACUUCCAUGAUCCCUCUGACACCCAUGCUCAACUUCUUCAAGAACUUGAUAAUAUCCUAGCUGAUAGUUCCCCAUCUAACACAUUACACGAUACCUCUAAAGGCGGUACUCUUACUUCUGCUGACCUCUCUAGUCCCCUUAUUUCUGCUAAACUUACCGCUGCAAAGGAAUUACUAAAAAAAUCUAAUGGUAAACUUUUUAACAAAUCAUCUCUUCCACAGAAGGGUACAUUUACCACUUCUAAAACUAGUUCUAAGUCAAAAUCACUUCGCUCUAAAACUAAUUCUGGUCCCUCGACGGUUGCUCUAAAUCAAUUUUAUAACACAAUCAAAAUGAUUGGAACAUCGUUAUCCAGAUUAGGCGGUAGUACAAAUGAAAAUCACGACGUGAUAGAAUCUGAAGUAACGGAUGAAUCCGCACCCUUUCCACUUAGUAGAUUGGAUGUUGUUAAAGUGACAGAUAUGAUUAAUAAAAAGCCCAAGAAUAAUAAUUCUAUGCAGUAUUAUGAAGCAAUUAGUCAAAAUAGUGAUCCAGAAGAAAAAGAUCUAUACCAAAGAGCCUAUGAAAAAGAAAUAAAAAGUUUAAUUAACCAAAAUAUAUGGGAUGAACAAAAUAUCAUUGAUGCAGACACGGUCCCUAAAGAUAAAAUUAUAAACUCAAUGUUUAUAUUUACUACUAAAAGAGACGGUACGCAUAAAAGCAGAUGUGUUGCCAGAGGAGAUUUACAAAAAAAAAGGAACGUCUGA